AUGCAAAAUUUCCUUAGAAUAUAAGGAAAUGUAAGUGAAAACUAGUUUUAUAUUUAAGGAAGCAACUCUACAGCUCUUGUUAAUAGUUAUAUUGUAGUUAUUGAUUGCCUACGUGGAGAAUAUUUUAACUCAGAAACAUAACUCUGUGAAUUAUGCGGAUUUGGAAGCUAUACUCUCUUAGAAAAUUCAAUGAAAUGUUAACAAUGUCCUGAUAACACUAUUUGCUUAGGUGGAAUGGAUAUCUCAAUAAAUGAGGGAUUUUGGAGAUCAAGUAUUUAUUCUGAUGUCAUUGUAAAGUGUGAUGAUGUGAUGAAUGACAAAAUAUGUUUAGGAGGAAAUUCGAAAUAAAUAUGCAAAUAAGGAAACAUAGGAGCACUUUGUUAAGAGUGUGAUUUGUUUGGUGAAUAAUGGGUGGAUUCUUAUUACAGUUAGUUUGGAAAUUAUGAAAAAUGCACUACUUGUAAAAGCUAAAUAAAAUCUAUUAUAAUUUAGACUGUUUUCUUAUCUCUUUUUUUUAUGAUUAGUAUGAGUUGGACCAUCAAAAAAAAUAUGUAUAUAGUAUUUGUUAAACUAACUUAAACUCAUAUGCUUAGUCUAGGCUUUUUAUCAAAGGGUAUUGAUCAGCCAAGUUUCAUCAUUAAAAUAUUUAAUCACUACAUGCAAAUUACUGGAAUUAUAACAACUUUCAAAUUAGCUUCCUUCAAUUAAAUUACAUUAGCGUUUAAUUUUCUAAGCAGUCCGAUCCUAUUUUCUGAGUCUUCAUUUGAUUGUAUGCUCAAAGAUUAUGACUCUUCAAUAGUUCCUCACAUUUAUUUAAAGGUUAUCGUUUAAAAUUUGUUCUUUAUUGGAUUGGUUCUGUCCUUUUUCUUGAUAUUUCUGAUAAUAAAGGCUCUUAAAUUAACAAAUUAUAAAUUUCAUCACGUACUGUAUACAACAUUAACUUACUGUUUUAUCAUUCUGUAACCUUCAAUUCUCAAUUAAUUGUUCAAGCUUCUUUCAUGUAGAACUAUUGCAGGGCAAUAAUAUAUGACUUAUUAUAUGAACCAUCUUUGUUGGAAUUAAGAGCAUCUCAAAUUCUCCUUUUCAUUUAUAUUUCCUCUAAUUUUUCUGCUCAUUUUCAUCAUCCCUGGAUUAUUUAUUAGAAUUCUUUACUAAAAUAUCAAAAAAGAAAAGCUAAAUUCAGUCGAUAUCAGGUUUUCAUAUGGGAUUUUAUACAACGAAUACACAGAUGAAUAGAGCUUCUGGGAAAUAAUAAAAAUAUUCGAAAAGGUUAUUAUUAUAUCUGUUACUUAAAUAUUUGGAGAAUAAGAUGUCUUAAAAGGAGUAUUUGUUAUCUUAAUCCUUUUCGCUUAUGCACUUUUAAACAUAAAGUAUCAGCCUUACCAAACUCCUAUGCUAAAUAAUUUAGAUUUGUAGUAGACUGUCAUAAGCUCGAUUACAAUACUUACAGCUCUGUUAAUCAAACAGUCUUCAGAUAUCACUACGACAAUUAUUGGCUUGAUAUUUGUUUUUAUUGUGAAUGCAUAUCUUUUUUUGAUGAUAUUUAGAUAUCUUCUUAUGGGAUAUACUUAAAUAUUUGAAGUUAAAAUAGAAUAAAUUAAGGAACUAAUUAUAACUAAAUUUCCUAAGGCUGGUUAAUAUAUAAAAUUAAAAAGAGAAAUUGUACUGAAUACUAAGAAAAACUGGGCUGUCUUAAGGAAACAUUUUUAGAAUUUUACAUCUCUUAAAAAGUAAGGAAAAUUUGUCACUGCAUAGGUAGUAACAACCUAAGCCUAUCUUGAAAAUCCUUAAGUAUUCGAAAAUCUUGUUAAAAAGAAUAACUAAAAUAAUCAAAUGUUUAUUGAGACAUUUAUAGUUAAUGAAUCAAUCAAAAAAUAUGACAGAAAAGCUGUAGUUAUGACUUAAAAUUAACUCAUGGGUUUAUAAAUGUUUGCUUCAAUAUUGGAUAGAUAAAAAAAGAAAGACUUUAUUAAAAAGAAAACCAUGAGGUCAGAAACUGUUUAAGAUUAAAAAGAGAAUGAAAAAGAUGAUGAAGAAGAAGAAGAAGAAGAACAAGAAAACAUUAACACUUAAGAGGACUAGGAAGAAGAGGAAGACGAAGAGGAGGAUGAAGAAGAAGAAGAUGACGAUGAUGAUGAAGAGGAUAACUAAAAAUCUGAAUUUAAAGAAGAUUAAUCAAAGGGAUCGAACACAAAUGUGCAUGAAGACCUAGAAAGUGAAGAAUAAAACAAUACAAGUUCACACAAAACAGAAGUGGUUAAAAAAGAAGAAAAAUCAGUAGAUACAACAGCCAAUGAAGAUUAACAAAAUUAGGAGGGAAAAAAUGAUAAAACACUUAGAAUGCAAAAGAGUAAGCAAUUCACAAGUAUAUAUUUUCUAAAUUAGAUGAUAAACGACUCUUAUAACAUUUCAUAGAAUUAAUAAAAUGACUCUUCUAUUUUACCAUGUUUAAAUAAUGAAAUUAAUAUUGAAGAUGCUGAUGUUGAUCACAUCGAUGAUAAAAUACCUUCUAUAAAGAGGUUUGAAGAAAUAAAUUAAAAUUUUAAAAGGAGCUAAUUAUCUGAUAAAAAUCUUUGA